AUGGGAUAUAAAAAUUCGCCAGCAAUCUUCCAAAGGGCGAUUGACGCCAUUUUAGAAGAUUUUAUAGGAGUAUGCUGUUACGUUUAUAUAGAUGACAUUCUAAUAUUUGGGAAAACGAAAGAAGAACACGAUUUGGCAUUUAUUAAAAUAGUCAAAACAUUAAUAAAAAAUAACACUGGGGCAAACAAGGAUAAAAUAAUUUAUGGAGUGCGAGAGAUAUAA